UUCAUUCGGAACAUCACUGUGUAUAAGGACACUUGUCUCUCGGAUUUCUCUCUCUCGAAAAAAAGACAUUCUGAAAAAAACAUCUUCCUCAACUCCGCUUUGAAGGACGUAAACGCUCCAAACAGGAUGACUGAGGUGAUGAACACACAGGAACCUGUGAUAAAGGACUUCAGUGUAGCUGGAGCAGCAUCAGGGGAUCAGGGCAUAUCCUUUCAGACUUUCCUAGAUACCCAUGAGCGGAAUCCCAAGCUAUCCAAGAGACUUCCCUCUAUUGUGGUGGAGCCCUCUGAUGGGGGCAAUGUGGAAAGCGGGGAGCUCCGCUGGCCACCUAUGGAUCCCAACUCUGUAGAGGCCCCAGGCGGGAUGCAGCCCCACAAACACACUCCUCUUCAGGCCACACAGGACCAGACCGCAGAUGAAGAUCUGAAUCUUGGGGUGCAGGACAGCAGUGAAGUGGUGUAUGGGGCCGUAGUGGAGGAAUCUAACUGAGAAGAUCAUCCAUCCACCUCCACAGCUGCUCUCACUGUAAAUGUGUCCAGAGUAAGAAAGAUAGACAGGUGGGCAGGGGCACUGAGGAGAGUGGAGGAGGGCGUUGGAGGGUCAUUACCCUCACACCCGGCGCACUGCAAGAAAACCAAUGAGUUCAUUCUGAUGUUUCAGGCUGUACAGCGGUCUGUAAAGCUGUCUUAAAUAGCUUGCUUGUGCAGUUUCAUAUACAUGCAGACUAGAUCACAGCUACGCAGCACUGAAUAAUUUUGUUGUCCUCUCAUUGUAGAUAUUUUGAUACCUAGUGUAAAAAUGUGGAGUACUUUGUAAGAACUGAGGUGUUUUUGAACAGCAGUAUUCAAAGUUGUGUCCAGCAUGUACUCCAAGUAAAAUGUAAGCUAGAUAAAGUGGUGACAACUGUGGGUAUUCCUGUCUAGUGAAAAACGAUGAUUCUGAUUGUGUAAGUGAGUUCUUUCAACUUGUUCUACUAUAAAAAGCAACAGCUAACAUCCAGAGAUAGUCCUAGUUGUUACAAUCAAUGGGAGUAAAAAUACUGUGUAUGUACCGCAACUGCAUUUUUCUCAUCUGCAGUUUUUAUAAACAAUCAAAAAGUGAGUGCGGAGAUUGAAGCCUCAGUUAUUGCACAAACAAUAAAGUCUUUAGGCUUGCCAAACCUUUUUUGUUGAUUUUGUCAGCCUUUGCCUUUAUACUUUUCUCCCCCUCUCUCUCUCACCCCCUUCAUGUCGAUCCACUCCCCA